CACCGCCACUCACUCACUUUCCAAAACGGAAUGCAAUCUUAAAUGUGUCUACGUGCACUUUUAGUGGUGUACUAAUUGUGUGGAAGGUUGUGGUUCAUUUCCGCACUUUGUUACAAUGCCGACAGGACUAGGCCAAUCGACCAUUGUUAAAGAAGAAGAAAAUGAAGAAGAACAACAACAACCUGAAAGGAACCCCACGCCUGGCAGCGGCGAGGGUACGGGCAUAUCUUUAUCUCUCGUAAUUAAAAGCGAGGACACUGGAGCUUUCUUGGAAGGCAAAGACUACAAGUUUGAUAGUGAUUGUGAGGAAGAGUGGCAGCUUCAGGCCUAUGGUGGCAGAAAAAGACGUCGGGAGGAAGAGGAGGAAAGGGACAGAGAUGAAGAUGAGGACGAGGAUGGAGAUGGCGACGAAGAGAGUGAGGAAGAUGAUGAUGAUCACGUACUGGUGGUGAUGAAGAGGAGGCGUGGAGCGGCGGCACGACCAAGAGGCAGAGGAAGAGGGACAGAAGCAGGACGAAGCAGAGGAAGAGGACGAGGAAGAGGAAGAGGCAUAAGCCAAGAAAGUGGCAGAGGCAGAGCCAAUAGCAAGGAGAGAGGCGGAGGUAGGGGAGGAAGAGGAAGAGGAAGAGGGGGAAGCCGAGGAAGAGGAAGAGCGAAGAAUGGGGAAGUCCCAGAAGACGUAAAUGUAGAAGGACGAACGAAGAGAGGAAGAGGAAGAGGCAGGAGCAAAGAGAGAGGCGGAAAGGGAGAACGAGGCCGAGGAAGAGGAAGAGGUGGAAGUCGAGGGAGAGGGAGGGGCAGGGGAAGACCGCAAAAUGACGAAGUGGAAGAUAACGACGUAGAAGAAAUAGUUCCGGAACCCAGAGGCCAAGGCACUGACAGGCCGAAGAUUGUUGAAGAUGAAGAAGAAGAGAUGGAGGAAGCCGCAUUUAACGACUCGGGUGAGGAAGACAUCAGCGAGAGCGAGGAUUCCGGUGACCAUUUAUUGGCAGAUGAAGAGGACCCAGAUUUUGGGUGUGAGAGUGACGAAGAGUGGCAACCUCAGGCGGCAACCUCUGGUAAGGCAAAGAGACGUCGGGAGGAGGAGGAGGAGGACAGUGAUGAAGAGGAAGAAACAAACCAAGGCAAAGAAGGAGUCGGAAGGGGAAGUCGAGGAGGAAGAGGAGGAAAAAGGGGAGGAAGUCGAGGCAGAGGAAGAGGGAGACUGAAGAACGAUGAAAUGCCAGAAGACGACGCAGUAGAAAUAGUCGAGAAACCCAGAGACCAAGACACAGGCGGCCUGAAGACAGUUGAAGGAAAAGGAGCAGGAGAAGGAGAAGGAGCAGGUGGAGAGGGGCAAAAACCAGGAGAAGAUGGAAAACCUGCGAACGUGAAUGAGAACGAGGAUUCCAGGGAUGAAGAUGAAGACUCAGAUUUGGAGGGUGCUGAUGACGAUGCAGACUGGGUACCUUCCAGGGAGGAAGCAGAAGGAGACGAGGAAGAGGAAGACGAAGAGGCCGCUGUUGGAUCUUCAUCCUCUAAGAAAAACGUUACUGGACAACCGCGGGGCAGCGCAGCAUCCAGAGUCCAAGGUUCUACAGUUGCUAACAAGGCGGGUGGGCCCUGGUUGGACGAGGGUACAGAGGACAUCCUGCCGCCUCAGCCCAACUUCUGGCCUUUAAGGACGCCUGGCCCACAAAUUAUGCAACAAGGAUACAAAACACUGCAACUUUUCAGGCUAUUCUUUACUGACGGCAUCCUGCGCACCGUGGUGCGAAACACCAACAAAUAUGGAGCACUGCAUUACGCUGACCGAUGGAGCGACAUCACACUUCCAGACCUCUUUUCAUACAUGUCCAUGCUGAUAUUCAUGGGGUUAACACCGCUGCCCACCGUUUCAGACUACUGGAGACGUUCCAUCCCAUACAACCUGCCUUUUCCCAGGUCUGUGAUCGCUCGUCGGAAGUUCGAGCUCAUCUCCCGGGCGCUCUGCAUGAGCGACCCCGAUGACGAUGCCGCAAACGAGGCGCGCAGAGGAACGCCCGAAUACGAUUGCCUGCAAAAGAUAAAGCCCAUGUACACAGAGCUGCGGGAGGCUUGCAAGAACAACUUCCAUCCCUACCAGCACAUCCGUGUGGAUGAAAAAGCAGUGUGCAGAAGAGUUCAGAAAGACAAGAAAAAUAAAUUGGGUUUCAAACUGUUUGUCCUCGCCGACUCCAGAUGUGGUUACAUGUUUGACUUCUAUGUUAAUGAGGUCAGAUCUGAGAUGGCACCUGGAAAAGGCCUCAGUUACGACGCAGUGAUGGAGUUGGUGUCCACCAAGGCUCUGGGCUCAGGGUACAAACUGUAUGUGGACAAUUUUUACAACAGCUCAGAACUCUUCAAGGACCUCCUGCAGCAAAAGGUCUGGGCCUGUGGGACCGUCAGGACAAAGAACAGCAAGGGCUUCCCUACAGACAGGCCUGGCUCGCUUGACAAGAAAUCUCCACGAGGUUCUAUCAGGUGGAUCAGGGAAGACCCCCUGUUGUUUGUACAGUGGAGAGACAAUUGUGAUGUGCAAAUGUGCUCCACCAUGCACCAGGCCCACGCAGGAGAGACCGUCCAAAAGAAGGUGAAGGUUGCUGGUGGGAAGUGGUUGGCCAAGGACAUCCCAGUUCCACCAGCAGUCAAAGACUACAGCAAACACAUGGGUUUGACUGACCACUCAGAUGCGGUCAUUGGCAACUACAAUGUCUGGCUCAGAACCAAGAAGUGGUACAGAGCCUUGUUUUUCUACUUCAUGGACAUUGCAAUCGUCAACGCCUUCAUUCUGCACAAGGAGAUUGCCUUGAGCAAAGGUGAAACGGCCCAAACCCAGCAGGCCUUUCGAGAGGAUCUCUUGAUGGAGCUGUCGGAAGCCGGAUCUCCCACCACGGUUGUCAUGCCUCCCACAGCUCCCAUACGCGGCAUGCACCUGCCAGAGUAUUAUUCGGGCGAUUCCACCACGGGGCGCACGAGGUGCAUCGCUUGCCGGCUGAAGUCCCCCAUCAAGUGCGUGGCUUGCGACGUUGUGUUGUGCUUGGUGCCUAGCCGGAACUGUUACAGCCAGUGGCACAGGCAGAAAAUUCCCUGAACUUGUUGUUAGGCAGGUGGUCUUAGUCAGUGUU